UAUGUCAAAUGACCUUGCCAGUUUGUAAACAAUACCUUGAAGAGCAACUUUUGAUACAAAUUAUCUAAUUUCCUUGUUGUUAUUUCACAUAUCGUCAUAGCAUAAUAUUAUACUCGUGUUUUAAUUGAGUUAUGUGCUAGAAUUCGCAAAUAUGAACAUCGAUUUUGAAGCCAUGGCUGUUUUGGAGGAGGAAUCACAGAACGAGUCGCUGGGUGGCGGAGUGUACGGGUCGGUGGGCGCGUCGGGUGCGGAGGGAGGGGAGCGGCGCGAGGGAGGCAAGCGCGGGCGCAGGCCCGGCCGCAAGGCGCAGAUCGACAAACAGGACAUGAAGGCUAAGCUGGCAGAGCGCAGCAGACAGUCGGCGCGGGAAUGUCGGGCGCGCAAGAAGCUGCGGUACCAAUACCUGGAAGAGCUCGUAGCUGAUCGGGAAAGGUCUGUCCUGGCGCUCAGAAAGGAAUUGGAUAAGGUUUUAUUACAAGUGGAAUUUGGAGCUAGACCAGGGCAGGAUGCCGGAAGGUCUGGAAGCCGUACUCCAAGAGAUGGGGAUCGUCAAGCAGGAGGAGAGUAAAUCCUUUCUAUCAUAGCUUUUUUAUGUAAAUACCACGUAACUUAACUCUAAGGGAUGAAGAAACGAAGAUUCGCAUUGUUCUGGUGUUCACCGUACGUUUCAGUUUAGUAAUUCUUCAAUAUUAUCAAGAUGAAAGCAAAAAUUGGAUUCAAAACUUCAAUAAUUGUGGAAAAAUUAUACGGUCAAAAACUAUAUGAAUAAGUCCGUUACAACGUUGAUACAACCAUUAAAACUCGAAAAGAAAAAAAAAUUAUCAAAACCAAUCUCAUCAAAAUUUGAAAACUAUGCCAGAUUUAAAAUCAGAAAAAAACUUCAAGCAAUCAAGAUAGGCAUAACGAGGACAAGCCGCAAUACUUCGACAAUGGCGUUAGACCUAGUCUUAUGGGUUUACUUGAGCUUUUAAUACCAUCGCAUCCAUCUCAUAACUGUCUGAAGCGGUACACAGAAUGCCUAAAAAUUGAGCACUUAUUCUUCUCAAUACAUUAAAAGUCAAACCAGUUCGAAUACUAAUUUUAUCCCUUCUCUGUACCGCUCGACUUCAGGACUUAAUCCAAAGAGAUUAAAGCUCAAUUUUGCUUGUUUAGACUCUGUUCUGCACCUGGUUUUUGCUACUACAACCCGCUGCAUCUUGUCCACAUUUUGCUUCGUCUACGCAGAGCUAGAAUUUUCAAUAUUAUAUCUGUAUGUAAAAAAAUGUAAAAUGUAACCUAUCCAAUAAUAACGUUGAAUAUAUAAACAGUAAAUAAAUGUUUUUUACAAGCAAUCAAAGGAUCAGCGUCAUGGGGAUAAAAUGCAGAGUUUUUCUUUUAGUCUUUGCUGUCUGCAGAGCUAAGCUUAGCCAUAUAUACCAACAUAUAUAACUGGUUGAACGGAACAGUUGGGGCCUUGUUUGUUUUUCAAAUUACAGUACUCUAUCACCAGAACGUUUCAACUUUUCUACCGUUUUCUCAUAUCAUAAACAGAAAUUCAGCCAUGGGGUUAAAAUGCAAAGAUUUCUAAAAAGAUCAUGGAGCUUUCUGCAUAGUUUAACUGAAAUAAGCAAACUUAAUUAUAUUACUGAUUGAACGGUAUAUUAAAAAUCUUGAGCUGUUUCACAUAUAAGUACUUAUAAAAUACCUGUACGCCACGCUAUCAAAUUUUCUUUGUACCGAUCAAUCAUCAGGACUUUUGAAAGAUGGACAGUCAGUCAGGCAGACGUGGCUGAUGUCUAUGAUAUGUAAGAAAACAAUUACUGUACAUCUUCGGGAUUGUAACUAGCGUCAAAGGGGGAAAAAUGCAGAGUUUUCUACCAAGUUCUGGGAAAUUGCUGCAGAGUUAAGCUGAGCUAGACAGUGUUAUUUACUUAAAUAACUGUUUAAAUAGUACAGGAAGAGUUGUGAACAUGUUUCUAAAUAAAGUACAAUGUUACCAGUACGCUACUGUUUAAACUUUUCUUUUUACCUUUUAAUACAAGGGCUAAUAUUCAUAAUCUCUUUAGCUCAACUUGGCUCAGUUUGAUUACCUUCCGCUUUUUCAGUUUGGGUGUAGGUCAGUGCCCCAGCCUAGUCUCUCUUAAAUAUUUUUUUUCUCCAUGUCACUCAUCCUUUUUGCAUACAUUUUGUCUUUUUACGUCCAUACAUUUUUACUGGAAUUGAAAAUAUAUUAGAUGGCAUAUUUUUGUGUUUGGAAUGCUUAUAAAAGAUACUUAGGUGAACAUGAUGAUAGUGUGAAUCGAAAGAAAUUGGCUAAUUAAGUAUUUUGUUAAAUUAGUAACGUAGGUUUCAAAAACACAAUUUGAUUUGUUGUUCGGCCAAAAUAGUUUAACGAUUAUAUUUUAUUCGUUUGCAAAAUUUCCAAAGUUUGAACGGUUAUGUUUUUGGUUAUUUUAGAUUUUAUAAUAUUUUCAUAUAGUUAUAAACACUGCGUCAUAGUUCGAAAUCGAAUUUAUAAGGCAUAAAAUGUCGAUUUAGUUUUUAUUAUGUCGUGAUUAUUUUGGUAAGAGCUAAGGAAAGGUGUGUUUGCGUAACUUUGAAUAUAAUUAUUUUUCUAUAGAUAUUUUUAGGCGACUAUUUUUAUAUGGCUGUAUCCUAAAUAUUAACAUUAAGGGGAGGUCCUUUUAAGAAGUGUAUAUAUUAAUCCUUUGCAAUGUUGGAAUUGUUUAAAAGUUGUUAUAUAAAGCGUGUUUGAUUUAUUUUUUUUGGUGAUCUUGGUUUUAGGAUGUACAAUUCUUUUUAAUAGUUUUUAGGUGUUGAAAGUUUGAACAAUUAUUUUUAAUUUAAGUUUUAUUGUCUUGCGUUUAUAAUAAAAAAAAACGAAUACAGUCAACAACUUUCAUAGUAAGCGAAGAAACCCAGGACAUCUCUUGAUCUAAGAAAAAUAUUAUAUUAUUUUUUUACUUUAACUGAAUGCAUGAAACGUUUAUUUUCCAAACAUUUUAAUUUAAAGUACGAUUGUGAUUAGGCUAGAAGCCUUAGUUAAUAAGAUAGGCUUAUAAUACGCGUUACGAAUAUAGUGUAAGGUCAAAUAAAUUGAGAGGAACUCGAACACAGGAUAUACCUAUAGAUGGGUUUUAAUUGAUAAGAUGUUUUAGAAUUAAUAGGUUUAUAAUUAAGAUAUUUUGUUUGGAGUUAACGUAAUUUUUAUUUUUACCUUUUAUGAAUCCACGAUCGAUUACAAUAAUUACGUAGAAUAAAUAAAUCAAAAUAAUGCCUGAAGAAGGUUUUAGCAAUAAGGAAUAUAUUAAGGUCUUAAUUUUAACUCAACAUUUUUCGUUUAUUAUUGAGGAACUCGCAGACAGGAUAUAAAUAAAAUAUUCUUUUAAAUAUUAAGAUAAUUAAUCAGGUUAAAAAAAACAUACCGAUCGUACAGACGUAAUUAAAUUUUUGUGUCCUAAAAUCAGAUUAGAAUUAGGAGUUAAAAUAAUAAAUUAGUACCUAACUAGAGUCGUGAGUGGGAAUGUUGUGUGAAAUAAAGUGAGUGAGUGAGAAGGAGAAAGAAAGAGAGUAUGUGUGCGUUUGCAAAAUUUAAGAUUAAAAUUCUAAAUGUGAGUUUGCACUAAAUAGGCUUGAACAUACAUUGUAACUGUUCAAUCAGGGUUGAAAGUGGUGAAAUCACGCUCCUAUUUCCAAAAGGUUCAAUAUUUCGAAUUGAUUCACCUACAUUGCUAUUAACAGUACUUGGAGCAUUCCAAUUCUACCCGACUUUUGAUUCGAACAUAGGACCACUUUUUAAACAGUCAAGUAUAUAAUUACCUACAAACACAGCAGGAACGUUUUAUACCGCCAUGAAAGAAUUUAGAAUAAGAAAAACAUGUAAGAACCUGAUAAUUAAUAAUGUUUGUCUAAAUUGAACGAAAAAUGUUGCUAAAUCAAAAAACAGCAACUUAAUUACUCAAGAACGGAUGAGCCCGUUUUGAUGAAAGUGUAAGUAUCUAAGUCAUUAAAUACCUUUGGCUAACAAGUUUUCAACUAAAAAAAAAACCGCAUCCAAAUCAGUUCAUCCGUUUAAGAGCUAUUCGGUAUCACAGAUAGACUCACGUAGCGGUGGAACCCAUGUGUCAAAUUAAUAACACCCCACUUUUUCGUUGAUGGUUAAAAAUAAUGAUAUAGCGUUUUUCUGUUUGCAAAAAAUCAGACAUACAUUCUUUUUGAAAAUCUUAGACACACACACAAAAUAAAAAACUUUCUACAGACCAGUUUCAAGACAUGUUGAGGUUUUUUGGUGCAAACUCACAUCAACAGAGUAUGAUAAGUACCUAAAUUCGAAAAAGUAAUUUUGGCUGUGUGUAUGAAAUAUAUUCUAAAGCUUGUUUCAACAAAGAGUAAAAUAAAAGGUUGUGCGUACUUUUAUAGAAACAAUAAUUGUUUUAAAAAUAUAUUUUAUUCAAAAUUAACCGUUCUAUAUAAUAUUUUCAUAAUUUUAAUAUAAAUAAUUAAAAAGCUGGUUUUCAUUACCUACGUGUUAAUGAUAGUUUUGUGUUAUGCCAACCUUUUUAUGCAAUUUUCUCAUCGAUUAUCCUUGCUUUUUCAUCUGCAAAGGUCAAUUUAUCAUUAUAAAUUACGACUAUGGUAAAUAUAUCUAUAAAAGUACGCACACUAACAAAAUAUGAUUAGCACAUAGAGCCUUAUAAUUUUACGGUCACUUUUACCUAGUAAAUAGUUUGUUUAAUCAUUUUAUUUAAGCAUUAUGGUUAAAGUCGUAAACGGCUACUCGUCAAGUGAGUGAUAAAAUCAUAGAGUUUUUACUUUACACGCCAAAACAAGAUGGCGUCUUAUUAUUACCCAGUCUUUACACUUUUAAGUGGCUUCCGUGAAAAUUACGUAACUUACGUAAAUUGUUCUAAGAAACUACUGUUAGCGACUAACGCAAGGGUGUUAUAAUUUUAAAUUUAUCGUAAGUUACGUGAGAAAAACUUACUAGUGUAUAGCCGGCCUUAUGUAUGCUGAGAGUUGUACAUAAAUAACAGAUUUAAUACGUAGAUGCUGUACAAUUUAGGUUGAGUUCGCAUUUUUAUAUAAUUAUAAUUUUACAGUUAAAAUUAUACAUUUUAUUCGAUUAUUCGGAGUCCACGCACAGCUUAGAGCUCAAUAAAUAAAAUAUGUACAUUUGAAUAAUUAAGUAAAAUUAAGAUUAUAAUAUAAAAAAUAGGAAUCUGGUUAAAAAAAGCCGUAACUCAAAUCACUGAAAUAACACAUGGAAAUCUAAAUUUUAGUUUAUUACAUAUUUUAUUUUUAGUGGGUAUAUAAUACCAUUUAAAAUAUUAUAUUUAGGUUUUGUUUAUUUUUACGAAAUCACACUCUUUACCGGUCAAUUAUUAGUUUUAAUUUGAUUUAGUUUUCGAUAAAUAUAAUUUGAAGUGGCUGAAUAGUCUUAUCCUAGUACGCUUUUAUUUUAUAAUCUAUGUAUUCAAUCAGGAAUGGGCUCGACUUAUAUAAAUUAUUGUUGAAAUGUAAUUUACAGCUUUUUAUGCCACAAAAAAGUACCGAGGAUAGUGUGCACUAGAUUUAGAACAAUAACUUUGUGCUACACCAUGGUUUAUACCUAAGUACUAAAGCCGGUACUUUCUAGGACCACGUUUUGCAAUAAUGUGGAUUCAGUUUUAUCUCCCAAGUUGAUGUCUAGUCUACACUGCUUCCAAUAAAGUGGGGCUACUAACAUUUACCUCUAUAUGAAAAUCAAAACAUGGAACUAUUUUUAGACCCAAACAACAUAAAAAUAUAGAAUCACCGAGAUAACUAUAAUAACUUCAAACUGAAAUAAAACUUAACUGAAGUAAAUAAUAGUCGGUACUUAAUAAAAUUGCACUUUUUUUCAACAAGUUACAUGCUUAUUUUCUUAUAUUAUUAUGAGAAAAGUCAAAAGUUUUGGUGUCUUGACAAAGAGUAUUUAAUUUGAUGCAUUCUAUUUCUCACAUUUUCUUUUUGUAUAAAAAUAGGGAUCUGAGCUCAUUCCUGAUGAAUUGGUGAAUAAUUUAGUUUACUACUUUAAUAUGUCGGCAAUCCGCCUUAGGUUUAUAUAUUAUAUCUUAGUUUUCAUAACACAUACAAAUUACUUCCAUUGGUCAUCUGCGAACAAUUUAAUUCGUUUCUUAGUUUUAUGCAUCCUAAGUAAGAUUCUAUUAAGAAAAUAUCUUUAAGUUCAUACAACUAUUAAAAAACGCAACAGAUUCUAAAAUAAUUUUUAAAUAUCAUAACGAAAUAUUUUAAGUUAGGUAAAACCGUUUUUUAUUUAGGGUUGUGCAAAAACAUUUUUAUUUUAUUUUACAUAUAUCAAGAUUCAUUCUGUAGUUACUUUUAAUCAAAACAUUUCUGUCCAACAAAACGUUGCACUGUGGUUCAAACAGAGUGAUUUGCAAAAUCGAAAUGAAAAAAAAAAAUACUUCAUACAACCAAAAGGAAAUCCACCUCAAUUAGGUUAUAAGAAUUCUCAUACACGAUAUACAAAAUACAGUCAAAAAUUUCCAAAAUAAAAUGAAAAUCCGAUAGUACAGUUUCGACAAAAUAAAUUCUAAAAAAGUUUCAAAAUUAGCAAAACAGCGAUAAUUGAGCGAUGAACAUAUACAUUAUAUGUUAUGUUAUAUUAUGUUUCUUCAAAUAACAAUUUGUUUAUCAAAGUAUUUAUUGUAACUGGUGCAGAACCGUUUAACAAUAUAUGCCAUUCAAAACAUUCAAAAUCAUCAUCAUAUUAUUAUUUUAUUUUUGUCAAAAUUUUAGUUUAUGUAUUCAUCAUCAUCAUCAAAUUAUUAUCAAGUGUAUAAAUCUUUAUUUAUUAAAAAAACUACAUUAUUACUCGAUUUAUAAUUAAAAUAUGUUUUGAUUCGUUUUAA